UCUGACACUGGGUUUGCUAUCGCAGGGAUCAGUGGCCCAUUUGAUAAAUAUAGCUACUAGGAGCAGCUUGGAGUCAUAACAUCCUUAAGUGCUUCGUCAAGGACGCCAAAGGCAAUAGUCGCUUCGACCCCACCCUAUUGGCCCCAAUUUUGAGUGAAAAACAUCUUUAUCUCAACUGCUGCCAUGUUUUGUUUUUUAUCCCAGGCUUGAUGGCACUAACAUUUCAGAUUGCACGGCAGAUGCUGGUAGGCAAACAUCUCAAGAUUCAAAGUACACCCGAUCGUUUGUUUUUCAUUUCAGUUUGCAGUUGCCGAGUUGCGACCUAAAAGGACAUUUCGUCUCGAACAGCGUUUCGAGCUUUGGAAAGUUGCAACGUUUUCGCCAAGCGUAGGGAGGUGCGACUAGUGCGCAACGUGUUUGGGAUAAUCAAACCAUUGCGUUUCAGUUUGCUUGACACUAAUGCGUCCUCAAUUCUUUUAUUUUCGUCCAUCGUUGCAUCGUUGGCUCAGUAGCGUUGCUAACAGUUCGGUGCGACUCUGCAUCACGCUGAAAGUCAAUUGUUGAGAGAAUUUUCUUUGCAAGUACAUAUAAAACGGGUUGUACAGCAGACAAGCAGAGUUAAAAGAAUAUUGAUUGCCGUCGCUUUGUACUGCAGAUAUACAGUGAGUUUUACCAAUGGCUGAUUCUAUCCAAUUGUCAGCCCUGGGUCGCGAUGCGCUGGUUGGAGAUUUCUACAACUACUUCACGGACGCUAUUUUGCCAAGUGGGAUUGAAGUACCAAACGAAUGCAAGAGUAUUUCGAAUGCAGAAAGAAAAACGACGUUAUCUUUCUUCUACCAGCAGCCAUACAAAUUCAAACGUCACAUACUGGGUCUCAACUCCCAUCUAUUCCAAAAUAUUGAAAAUGGACUUCCGGAUUCUCACCAACCUUGGUUUGCUAAUUAUCUGAACGAAAAACCGAAUAAGGAUGACGAUGAAAAGGAGGCCCAAGUUACUGCCUUCUUUCGAGUAGAACGACGGACCGAAAUCCUCGAUCGGAAUUUCAUGCGUUCCAAAAUGUAUCAGCUGCGAAGUGGCGACCGAGCGACACAUUUGGUUGGUGACGUGAUCUAUGGAGCUGAAUUGAUUUGUUCUAUGCGUAGACCCUUAAACUUAGAGCGAGAAACAAAAGAGGGUGCCGAACAAAGUAUCUAUUUAGCGGCCAAAGAGUAUUUUAAUCAGAUAAUUUUGGGGGAAUCAUCGUCUAUAGAUUUGGAUUUGAUAGUCAUAUUAGAGAAGAUCUCUUUUACGGUAUUCAGCAGCCUUAAACCCGGUGAACAGACUGAAAAGUCUUUCUCGGAAUUCGGUCAAUAUCUGCGAAAGAUUUGCUGUUCUGAUAAGGACGAUUAUUCACCCAAGUGGAAACCUAUUGAUUUGGUUCUUAUUUCCAUUCUUGCUCAAGUCGAAGCUCGAAUUUGGGAAGACCGAAAAAGGGAUUUUGCAUUUGAGAUAGAGCGGCAUCGAUUCACGUGCACUUGGAAUCAAAAAGCGAUUAGUAGCAUAUCCAACCAUUCGCAUAUUAAUCGUUUCCCUCGAUUUAAAAACGUGAUUAACCAGUUUCAAAAUUUACUGCAACCUUUUCACAGAAAGAUCAAUGAAUUCUAUAAGGCGAAUGAACCAUGUCAUCCAGAAGACGCAUUAAAACAAAUUUCACCAAUCUCAAUUUUGCUGAACGAUAUAAACGAUUGGUUGGCCCAACGAGAAAAAGAAAUCGAGAAAUUUUCCUCGCUUACAAAAGGCACCCAAUUUGUUGCACUGGAUUUGGAAGAGAUAAAAAAUGUAAUGGCGAAGCAAGACAAGAAAUUGGUCAGAGUAUUUCACCUUAAAGUCGAAUACGAAAAAGAUCCUGUAAUUGAUCGCAUUCUGGAAGUAGUCGGUCAUCAAACGCUUCAAACAGUAGCUCCUCUGCCCGCUUUGCCGUUUUUCUCGAAAGAAAAAGAAUUCUGGUCUGUUAGAAGCGCGUUGAAGGUAUUCGCCAAAGAGUCCCAACAAAUGGACGGCAGUCUACCCGGAGACACAAGUUGCUACAUAGGACUAGUCCCGGUCUCUUCCACAAUUAGCAAUGGCACUAUAAAGAAUUAUAAUUCUUCUGAUGAGUUGCUACAAACAAUCCACAGAGAUGUUUCCUCUAGUUCUACUGGAUAUGUUUAUCCUAAGGUUACCCAAGAACACAAACGAAACCAACAACCACAGACGGGAAAUGCUGGGUUUACCCAACUUGCCCGUACAUCCGACCAUCCUAAUCUAUCGGCCGGCAAAGAAACACCCAUGGAGUGUGAUGAUUACCUUGCGCUCUCAUCGGAUUCGGAGAGCACCAAAGGAUACGAUACUCCAAACACGGCAGAAUUCUUCGAUCCAGGGAAAACAGAACCGAGGUCCGAACGGAGGAAUCUAUCCAGCGAUUCUAUGCUGACAAAGGACGAGCUCGAGAGGCAAUUGAAAAAACUUAAACUUGAUGGCGAGAAACCGUUAGCACCAGCUAAAGCGGUAGCCAGUAAAAUCGAAAACAGUGCGAGGGACAUAGGAAGCCCAGAAUGCAGAUCCAACAACAGAAACUUGCGGGAUUUUUCUGAGCACAACACAACAAUUUCAGGGUUACCUGAACAAAGAAUGGCGUUGAGCCAACAUCAAGAAAAGCCCAAUGCUGCCGUAGGCUAUGGAAACUAUGCACAUUCUGAAGAAAUCAAAGAAUCCAAGCUUGAUGGUAAAAGAUAUAGCGGAGUAAAUGCACAAGGAAUCGCUACUUUUGGUGAACAACGAAGGAUUGCUGAAACUUUUAUAGACGAAAGAACAAGGUGCAGCGAACGAAUAAAAACGGGAUCGCUGAAUAUUUAUUUGUUAAAUGCGAAGGAAAAAACAAAUGGCGACAACAUAAAAUGGUUCGAUAUCUGCACGCCUAGCGCAUAUUCACAAUCAAGCGAUCACAAAAUCAUCAUUCUGAUGGGCGCAACUGGAUCCGGCAAAAGCACUCUGAUCAACGGCAUGAUCAACUACAUCUUGGGAGUCCAAUGGAACGAUCCAUUUCGUUUCAAAUGUGUCCGCGAAGACGAGAACGCGGCCAGGAACCAGGCGCACAGUCAAACGAGUUCUGUAACGGCCUACACUCUCCACCAUCAAGAAGGAAUGACCAUUCCGUAUUCCAUCACCAUCAUCGAUACCCCUGGUUACGGAGAUACAAGAGGAGUUAAAAGAGACAAGGAAAUCACGGCCGCCAUCCACAGGUUUCUGACUCAACAAGAAAUUCCAAUCGAUGAAAUUCACGCCGCUUGUUUUGUGGCCGCUUCGGGUGAUAGUCGGCUGACGGCCACCCAACGCUACAUCAUCGACUCUGUGCUAUCCAUCUUUGGUAAAGACAUGAAGGAUAACCUUCGGCUGUUGGUAACAUUCGCAGACAAUGCCGAUCCUCCCGUCGUCGGCGCUUGUCUUUCUGCCAAUUUCCCUACAACAUCCGCAUCAGACGGCAUCGCCUACAGCAAAUUCAACAGCUCUGUUCUUUAUUGUACCAAUGCGAAACAGGGAGAUGACGAAUUCAGUUUUGAUCAGUUAUUCUGGGACAUGGGUCAUGAAAAUUUUAAGAAAUUUUUUUAUAUGUUGGAAAGAAUGAAGGGUAGAGAUCUCACGUCCACAAGGGAAGUCAUUCAUAGCAGACGCCAACUGGAACAGUCGCUGAAAGACAUCGAACAAGAAAUGGAGGUGUGUCUAACCAACAUCGAAAACAUAGAAAUUUUCCAGAGGAAAAUGAAAACGUGUGGCCAUAACAUGGAGGCCACCAAGAAUUUUACGGUUGAACAGACAGUAAUGCGGCGUAGGAAGUUAAACUGUGAAAAGGGAUUCUUUGCUUAUAACUGCGAAAAAUGCCGAAAAACCUGCGAGAGGCGAGUAACAAAAAAAAGCUCUCUCCACAAAGAAAAAAGGCCUUGUGAAAACCAGGCCUGCAAAUGUCCGCCAUCUGAUCACUACGUGGAAGAACGGGAAUGGAGCACGUUUCCCGAGAAGGUAUCUAAGACUUUGCAAGAUAUGAAAGCCCAAUACGAAUUGAAUUACGAUGGCAAGAUGACAGCUGAAAAAAUCUUGAACGCUUGCUCGGAUGAUUUGCAAAUGGCUAGAGGCAAAGUGUUGAGUCUGCUCGAACAGGUGGCUAAGAACGUCGAUUUACUUGAAUCGACAGCUCUACGGUCAAACGUACUCAGCCCAUCCGAUUACCUGAGUUUGAUGAGGAGUCGCGUUCAGGAAGAACAGGCACCUGGCUACAUGACACGUCUAGAGACAUUAGAUGAUAUACAGCGCAUGUUGGCCGGUGGUACGUCUCAACCGAUUCGUAGCACAGCGCCAAUGCCAAACCAAGGGUUCAGACUCCUGUCAUCGAAUACCGAAAGAGUAUCAGAUUCGAGUGUCACGCCAAGUUACGUUCAAGCGUACAAUAAAGAGCCCAGCUUACCCGCUACGCAGCCCACACCCGUCUACGGUGAUGUCAGCGAGAGUAAAUCUGGUCGUUCUUGGACGAUUAAGGGUUGGCCUAGUAGCUUGUUUGGUAUUGGAAAACCAGCGGAAAGCGACAACCAAUCCCAACAACAGAAGAAAAAAAACGAAACAUGGAAGGUUUAAGUUUGUUUUUUGUGCAUAUCAAAAUUAAAUUACAGUUCUAAUCAUUUAUUUGUCUUAACAAAAUGAUUUUUAUGGAGAACAAAAAAUAAAGGUAUUUGUGGGUG